CUUAGUUUUCCUACAUGAUUCAGCUGUUCGGAUUGAACAUAUUUGGCUUGGUGACACCAGACUUGUUUGACAUUUGCAUCAACAAAAAUAAUCUGCAACUUUCUCAGGGUAUUUUAUAUUUAGUAUUUGAGGCAUUAUCGGCUGGACAGGCUCUCUGUAGUUGCAUUUUAUCGUUGUUGUCUAAAAUGAAGGAGGAAAUCGCUGCCACGGUGUUCUUUAUCGCAAGGCUGGCACAGAAAUAUGGCAAACUAGAUCGUCACUCAAGGGAGAAAUUCGCCGUUGCUCUGACUGCAGUUCUCUUUGAGAAAUUCAAAAACCACUGGUAUCCUGGCAAUCCAUGCAAAGGCCAGGCAUACAGGUGUUUGCGCAUGAACAAACUCCAGCCAACGGAUCCAGAUAUAGAACAGGCAUGCCGUCAGAGUAACAUUGAGUUCGAUGACCUUGGUCUUCCUGCCGAGAUGAGCAUUUGGGUAGACCCGGGGGAGGUUUCUUGCAGAUAUGGAGAGAAGAGCACCCCGUUCUGCGUGACCCAACUGGAGGGCCAAAAGACCGAUGGAGACUUCUCUCGACGAAUCAACAACGCAGUGGAGCGGGCAUCCUCUGACUACCACUCUGGCACCUCGUCUGACGAAGAGGGUGACACGAACACCACCUUCAGUAGCACUAGUAGCAGCAGCGCAAACAGUAGUGUCCUGUCUGCUCCUGAGCUGAAGACCAUUCCCACCGUCAGCAACCCCAACAGUGUCUACCAGUUCUCUGAAUUUGGUCUACCUAUUCCGACAUGGAACCCGUACCCAAAAAGGAAGCCUUUCCCUGUGGAUGGUUUCCAACAGCUCAACGCCCCUAACAGCUCUUUGCCACAGCGUACUCCCUUCAAAAGCUAUCGUCCGAGCUUCGCCUUCUCAGGACCGCGUGUGGACAAGUACCACUGGGUCAGCAAGAGCAGAUCGUAAUGGACAAGAGGUCUACGACAAUCACACACUCCCAUACUGCAACUGUGAAAAGUUUAAGAAAUUAGGAUAAAUCCAACCUUUUUAUAUAAACCCAGUUUACGUCAUGUCCGCAAGACCUGUAAGCACUUUAAUAACUAUUGAUGUUGGUGUAUAUUUUUAGUGUCUGUUUUUUAUGAAAUUUUAAAUGUGUUUUUAUCACUAGUCAUGUGAAAAUAAAUAAAAAAAAUAUGACUUUCUUUAAA